AGUGACCAUCACUGAAGAUCGGUAGGUGUUUCACAGAAUACUGUGAUUGUUUGAGCCAUCUGUCUAUUGACUGCCUCAUAUAUGAAUCUGUCUUAAAAGAGUAUUUUUUAAAGAGUUGUGGUAGCAUUUUUUGUGUGUGUACAAUGAUAAAAGGUUCGCUAUUAAUGAGCCCGUUACCUUUCAGCUCCAAUGGCGAUUCCUCCAUCGUAUGUAGACCUUGGCAAAUCUGCCAGAGAUAUCUUCAAUAAAGGAUAUGGUUUUGGGUUGGUGAAACUGGAUGUGAAAACAAAAUCUGCAAGUGGAGUGGAAUUCACAACAUCUGGUUCAUCAAACACAGACACUGGAAAAGUGAAUGGGAGCUUGGAGACCAAAUACAAAUGGGCUGAGUAUGGGCUGACUUUCACAGAAAAAUGGAACACAGAUAACACUCUGGGAACAGAAAUUGCAAUUGAAGAUCAGAUUGCCAAAGGCUUGAAGUUGACAUUUGAUACAACUUUCUCACCAAAUACAGGAAAGAAAAGUGGUAAAAUUAAGUCAGCUUAUAAACGUGAAUGCCUAAAUCUAGGUUGUGAUGUUGACUUUGAUUUUGCUGGACCUGCAAUCCAUGGUUCAGCUGUCUUUGGUUAUGAAGGCUGGCUUGCUGGUUAUCAGAUGACUUUUGAUAGUGCCAAAUCAAAAUUGACAAGAAAUAACUUCUCUGUGGGUUACAAGACUGGAGACUUCCAACUGCACACUAAUGUCAAUGAUGGUUCAGAAUUUGGUGGGUCAAUUUACCAGAAAGUGAGUGACAAUCUUGAAACUGCUGUAAACCUGGCUUGGACAGCAGGUAGCAACAGCACUCGCUUCGGUAUUGCGGCUAAGUACAAGUUGGAUUCCACUGCUUCUAUCUCUGCAAAAGUGAACAAUUCUAGUCUAGUUGGAGUGGGUUACACCCAGACCCUGAGGCCAGGUGUGAAGCUUACACUGUCUGCCCUGAUAGAUGGAAAGAGCAUCAAUGCUGGUGGCCAUAAACUUGGUCUUGGCCUGGAAUUGGAGGCUUAAAAAGGCGAAGAAACUGCUGCAGAGAAGGGAUAUCAGAAGAAUUUGGCCUUAAAUGUAUUUCCAAUGUGACCAGCAGGCUUUUUUUUCCAAGAAGGAUGACCUAGAACAAGAGCUGUAUUUGAAGUAUUUAGACAGUUACUUGUUAGCUGGUUUCUAGUUAAAUUGGUUACCCAUCUAGUUAAAAUUCUGCAUUAGUGCAGUCACUUAAACAUUAUUUAAAUGUAUUUAACUGUUUAAUGCGCUACCCACAAAUAAUGAAAUAGACAUUUAUGAAAACUGUACAAUUGUGUGCAUGUUUGUUUUUAUGUUCCUUUUAACAUUCGAUAUCGCCAUUGAAUGAAAAAUGGAUCAGUGAAUGUUUUGAAAUGAGGUCAACAAUUUUGUUAAAUCACCUGAAGUAGAAAUACGUUUGGUAUCCCAAGACAAAUUAUGAAUAAAACAAGUACACACACAUACUUGUGCCUCAGAUAUUUUAAAAGUUAAGAUAUGAGGGUAGUGCUCAGUUAAGUUCUAACUUUUAACUUCAAAUAAUCCAAGAAGUAGUGCUCUCUACCUUUGUUCAAUUAAGGACUCCCACCUCACCCACGACAACACUGAAUAUAGAUGGUUUUCACUGAACAGUUGGAUUCCUCAAGCAAGUUGAAUGUGCUUUUCUGUCAGGUAAGAUCUGUCAUGACACAAUGGUUUAAUUCCCCCUGUGUUCCACGGGCAAGAUUAGCUGUGUUACUAGUUGGCCUCCUGGUGCAAAGAGUGCAGUGAUGUACUUCGCACACUGAGACAUUUAAGAACUGUUCCUUGAUGCUUUUACCCAGGGAGUGAAAAACCCGACCACAAACACACCCUUUGCUCAUGUUUGUAUGAAGUGAGACAUAUCUCUGCAACUGAAUGUAACAGUGUAAUGGUGUAACAGCCUGCUUAUCCCAACUGCUGUGAGAGGUUUCUGCUUAAAAUGACUGAAAUAAAGGCUUAAUUUUAAAUGGA